ACUAUGACCAAGAAAACGGGAGCAUCAAGAUUUGUUCCUACCGGCGAUCAUACCCAUAAGACGGUAAUCGACCAAUCCAUCUCUCUAUCCGAACUUCCCGAAGGAAGAAAAGGCCAAAACCUCCGAAACUCAAAACACUCGUCUCAAUAACUCUUACCAAACUAAACCUUAGUGCUGGAAGCAGGUUCGUCGCAUCGGAUUUGGCUCUCUUUCUCUCAGUCGGGUUAAAUCCCAUGUCUCAGGUACUUUUGGUUCUGAAUCUUCUGAGCCUGCUUUCCUUGAGCUCCGGAGCUACUUCGUUUUCUCUAGGAUCCCGCUCGAUCCUUCGGGCGAUCGACAACGAGAACGGUGGUCCUCACGAUUACGCCGUUGAUUUGAACGCCUCGAAUUUCGAUUCGGUCCUCGGGGACACCCCUGCUACCUUUGCCGUCGUUGAGUUUUUUGCCCACUGGUGCCCAGCCUGCAGAAAUUAUAAGCCUCAUUAUGAAAAAGUUGCUAGGCUAUUUAAUGGACCUGAUGCAGUGCAUCCGGGAAUCAUAUUGAUGAGUAGGGUAGAUUGUGCACUGAAGAUAAACACUAAACUUUGUGAUAAGUUUUCUGUUGUUCAUUAUCCUAUGCUCUUUUGGGGCCCUCCUGCUAAAUUUGUAGCGGGUGGUUGGGAACCUAAACAAGAGAAAAGUGAAAUACGUCUCAUUGAUGAUGGACGGACAGCUGACCGAAUGAUUAAUUGGAUAAACAAGCAAACAGACAGCUCUUUUGGCUUGGAUGAUGAGAAAUUUGAAAAUGAGCAUCUUUCAUCAAAUGUAUCAGACCCUGCUCAGAUUGCACGUGCUGUGUAUGAUGUCGAGGAGGCAACGUCAACAGCCUUUGAGAUCAUUUUAGAACACAAGAUGAUCAAAUCCGAAACCCGAGCUUCACUAAUAAAAUUUCUCCAACUUUUGGUGGCUCAUCAUCCUUCUAGGAGGUGCCGGACGGGAAGUGCUGACAUACUGGUGAACUUUGAUGACUUGUGCCCGUUAGACAUGUCGUCACCUAGUAAGCAGGGAGAUAAUAAUGGAGAGGGCACACUGGGAAAUUUUCAGAUUUGUGGAAAAGGCAUUCCUCGAGGAUAUUGGAUGUUCUGCCGAGGCAGCAAGAAUGAUACAAGGGGCUUCAGUUGUGGAUUGUGGGUUCUGCUGCAUUCACUGUCUGUGAGAAUUGAGGAUGGAGAGAGCCAAUUUGCAUUUACAGCUAUAUGUGAAUUUGUACACAAAUUCUUUGUUUGUGAGGAAUGCCGCCAACAUUUUCAUGACAUGUGUUCAAGUGUCUCUAGUCCUUUCAAAACAAGCCGUGACUUCGCCCUUUGGUUGUGGAGUGCGCAUAAUAAGGUUAAUGAGAGAUUAUUCAAAGAAGAAGCAUUUCUUGGGACUGGCGAUCCUAAAUUUCCUAAAAUGAUUUGGCCUCCAAGGCAGCUUUGCUCUUCCUGCCGUCUCUCUCCGAGCGAGGAAAAUAAUGGUAUUGAUUGGGACCAGGAGGAGGUGUUGAAAUUUUUGACUAAUUACUAUGGAAAAAUACUUGUAUCGCUACACAAGGACAAGGACAAGAACAAUCUUAGGAGUGAUAGGCUUGAUUGGUUUCUUGAAGAUUUGGCGGUCUCAGCAAAUGCAGUUGUCGUGCCUCUGGGGGCUGCAUUGGCAAUUGCUGUCGCUAGCUGUGCAUUUGGGGCACUUGCAUGCUACUGGCGUUCACAGCAGAAGAGUCGGAAGCCAAGGAGAAGUUGGAAUUAAGGUGUUAAGAGGACAAAAUCAGACAGGCGACAAGGUGCACAGCAUGGGUGAAUUCAGGGUCUGAAUAGGGGGAAUCCAGAUCAAAGCCUUGUACAAAACAAGUGCCCUGCCUGAGGUCCUCCUCUGUAUACUCCUUCAAGCUGUAUUUUUUU